GGCUCAGCUCCCUCAGCUCCCAGUGAAACAACUCACAGCUUAUUAUACGGAGGGCUGUCAGCGGCUCCCCCGGACAGGACGCCGUGAAUAAGCUGCCCCACGGAGAAGAAGAAGAAUAACAAAAGAAGAAAAAAAAAAGAAGAAGAAGAAGAAGAAGAAGAAGAAAGACAGCGCUAGCCGAGGCGGGCCGGGGGCCUCAUGGAGACGCCAUGUAGUUGGAAACAAGCCGGCGGACUCGGUUGUUCGGCUUGAGAGGAGAGGGAAAGCGAGCUGCUCGGCGGAGCGCAGGAAGGCGGCGGGAUCAACAUGCUCACCCAGAUACUGGCGCGCCUGCUGGCCCUCUUGCUCCUCGCUCGGAUUUCGCGCUGUCAGUACUCCAGCGACCAGUGCAGCUGGAAGGGCAGUGGUCUGACCCACGAGGGCCAUGCCAGGGACGUGGAGCAGGUGUACCUACGCUGUUCACAGGGCUCUCUGGAGUGGCUCUACCCCACGGGGGCCAUCAUCGUCAACCUGCGACCCAACACGGCGUCCCCCGCGGCGGCCCGCCUCUCGGUCUGCAUCAAACCCUCCAGAGACUCAAGCGGCACCAACAUCUACCUGGACCGCACCGGCAAGCUGCGUCUGCUGCUACGGGAGCAGGACCAGGCUCAGGGCAAGGUGCACUGCUUCAGCAUCCAGGAGGGAGCGCUCUUCAUCGAGGCCAUCCCACACAUGGAUAUUGGCCGCAGGAUCACAGCCUUCCAGUACGAGCUGGUCAACGACAGGCCGGGAGCAGACGUGCACUCUCUGGCUGCUCCCUGCCAGCCCUGCACAGAUGCCGAGGUGCUCCUAGCCGUCUGCACAAGUGACUUCGUGGCACGCGGCAGCAUCGCGAAGGUGGAGCAGGAGGAAGAGCAGACGUCCAUCACGGUGGAGAUCAGCCGCCUGUACAGGCAGAAGACCCGGGUGUUUCUGUCUGGGGGCGUGAGGGUGAGGCGCUGGAGCGGCCAGGUCAAAAUGCCCCCCCAGUGCUGGGUGAAGCUCGGGCAGGGGGAGUUCCUCUUCACGGGGACCGUGAGGUUCGGGGAGGCCUGGGUGGGUUGCGCCCCCCGCUACAAGGACUUUCUGCGGCUGUACCGCGAUGCGGAGCAGCAGGGCACCAACCCCUGUCACGUGGACACCGACUGACUCGACUCAGCGAGCUAUCUGAUGGAGCUUUUGAAACGGGACACGUCCUCGCUGGAUAGGGACAAAUCCUGACCCCCCGAGUUUUUGAUAGGAAGUGAGUGGGAGGGCCACCAUCAGCUAGACUGACAGACUGGCCGGGGCCCCCGGAUCAGACUGGCCGGGCCCCCAGAUCCCCUCGCAACCCCCCACCUCCCUCCGUGGCUUGACUCGUCCGAGAUGGAGGAUAGAACUCCUCCAUGUUGCCAAGCAGCAUGCCGGUUGGACUCUUGUUUCUCACAGCCAAGUGUGACCCCAACGUGGCGUUGUCGUCAGAGGUGUCACUCUAAGAGAGGAGCAGCUCCUUGGGUUUUCAAUGUAGCAGAGAGCCUGUUGGGUUAUGAUGUGUAUAAAAUGUGAAUAAACAGUGUAUAUUGGAGGUGCUUUGUAAAAAAAAGCUUGAUGUACAGUUCUGAAGUUAUUUCUUAUGACAGAAGUGUAUAAAGUGAAAGCCUGUUUUUAUUUUGUUUAAAAAAAAAGAAAAAAAGAUAUGCAAUUUAAUGCCUGGAUUUAUGCCCUUUUCAGGCUAUGUAAUUGUUAUUAAAAAUGCAAAAGGAAAAAAAAAUGCUCUUGUGAUUAAAAGAUGGUUUUUUUUGUUUGUUUGUGGAA